GAUGGAGCUGGCUCUAAAACGGAAGCACUUCCAAGUAAACUUUUAGCGUGUUCUGUCUGCGCUCGGUUGCUCCAGUAUUUUGGUCCUAUUUUGAGACGCUACGGGAAGAAUCAGAACCACAUUCCUAAACAGGAUUCCUUUAUUUUUAAAACUAAGUCUUGAGGGGACACAGGACGGACCGGUGUGAGAGGUCGCGGACAGGCCACACGGAUGACMGUCCGGGGGAUUGUUUAUGUAUCUUUUUUGGAUCUCGCAUAACGAGUUUAGUAGCUGCAGACUCUGAUCACUAAUCAUGAGUGGACAUCCGCCGCCACGGCGGCAAGUCAAUGUUGGUUCCCUGCUUCUGUCUCGGGAGGAGAAUGAAAGCCUUUUUAACUACCUUGGCAAAAAAUGCAGCUCUUUGUCUUCAGCAGUGGUCCAGGUGUACACAGGAGACAGAAAUGGCAGCUGGAGCAAAAAAUGCUGUGGGGUGGCRUGCUUGGUCAAAGAUAACCCUCAGAGGUCGUACUUCAUCAGGGUCUGGGACAUCAGGGACGGCAGGAUGAUGUUUGAACAGGAGUUGUACAACAACUUCUCCAUACACAGUCCCAAAGCUUACUUCAUCACGUUUGCUGGAGAUACGUGCCAAGUGGGUGUGAACUUUGCCGAUAACGAGGAGAGCAAGCGUUUCCAAAGCUGCUUGUCUGAUCUGAUUGGGAGAAAACAAAGGAGAACCGAAAAGAGGCGCGACCCCGCAAAUGGACCGUCGUUGCACAUGGCCACCRUCGACAUCAAAAACCCAGAAAUCAGCGGCGUUCAGCGUUCACACAACUCUCAGACGAACAACUUUUCGGCCCCUUCCUUUCCCAGGAGGAUCAAAAAGGAUAAAGGGAACAACAACAAUAAGAAGAAGAAGCUGACGAAGGCGGACAUCGGCACGCCCAGCAACUUCCAGCACGUCAGUCAUGUAGGAUGGAAUCCAAACACGGGCUUUGAUCUGAAUAACUUGGACCCUGAGCUAAAGAACCUGUUCGACCUGGCUGGAAUCUCCGAGGCCGAGCUGAAGGACMGGGAGACUUCUAGGGCCAUUUAUGACUUCAUUGAGAAGAAUGGCGGCGUGGAGGCUGUCAAAAGUGAGGUACGAAGACAAGCUCCUCCACCACCUCCACCCAGAGGCGGCCCCCCUCCCCCACCCCAGCAUCACGGCUCGGCUCCCCCACCUCCUCCAUCCCGGGUCAUCAGGGGCGCCCCGCCGCCGCCGCCGCCCUGGACCCCCACCUGUCCCCUCCAUCCCCACUGAGGGCGGGGACAAGUCGGCUCUGCUGAGUCAGAUCAGGGAGGGCACCCAGCUGAAGAAGAUGGAGCAGAAGGAGAGGCCCGUGUCCAGCAGCGGCAGGGACGCACUUCUGGACCAAAUCCGACAAGGAAUCCAACUGAAAGCUGUCGACGAUAACACUGACUCAGCACCUGCCGCACCAGCGGGCUCUGCAACAGGCAUUGUUGGAGCGCUGAUGAAGGCGAUGCAGCAGAGGAGCAAGGCUAUUCAGUCUUCAGACGAUGAUGACGAUGAUGAAGACGAGGAGGACUUUGAGGAAGAGGAUGAAUGGGAGGAUUAGCAGACUUUAUUUUCCCCCCAACCCUCAAAUAAUUAUGACACUAAAAAUUGAUCUUGUCUCAUAAAAAAUAAAUAUCUGAUUUCAAAAUGUA